AUGGCUGAGCAUCCUUCUUUCACAUUGGCAGGCUUGUUGGCUGUCGGAGGAACCGCGGGUUUUCUCCGAACACGCUCAACACCCAGUCUUGUCGCUGGACUCGGAUUAGGUGCUUCGUAUGCUUUUGCAGGUUACCGCAUCAAGCAGAAUCAGGACUACGGUACUGAACUCGCGCUUGGCAACAGUAUCAUGCUGCUAGGUUCGGCUAUUCCACGCAUCAUGAAGACGGGCGGACGCGCACCUGUACCGAUCGCAUUGGGUGCGACCGGUGCGUUGGCGACUUAUUACUACCAGAAGAAGGUCCGCGAGUUUAGGUAUGGCGUAUGA